UAUCUUACGAAUGGCGGAGACGCUGAGGCGGGUGCUAAACCUAGGCACCUCAGCAAGGUCCGGGGAGGAGGAUACAGCUGAGGCUGGACCGCCUUUGCUGCUGCUCGGCGGCCCAGGGUCUGGAAAGACAGCGCUGCUAUUCGCGGCGGCCCUGGAAGCGGCAGGAGAGGGCCGAGGCCCCGUCCUCUUUCUGACUCGAAGGCCUCUUCAAAGCCUGCCCCGCGGGACUGGCGCAGCCCUCGACCCCCUGCGGCUACAGAAGAUCCGCUUCCAGUACCCACCCUCAACCCAUGAACUCCUUCAGCUUCUGUGCUCUGCCCAUGAGGCCCGCGGUCCAGCCCCCUCGCUGCUGCUACUGGAUGGCCUUGAGGAGUACCUAGUGGAAGACCAGGGACCCCAGGACGCCGCCUACCUGGCUGCGCUGCUUCUGGACACAGCUGCCCACUUCAGCCACCAGACUGGGCCUGGCCAGGGCUGUGGGCUCAUUGUGGCCCUACAGACCCAGGAGGAGGGAGUCAGUGGGGAUGCCCUGCAGGUGUCACUGCUCCAGCGGUAUUUCCCUGCCCAGUGCUGGCUGCAGGCAGAGACACCAGGCCCAGGACAGCACCGCCUCCGAGCCUGCCUGGAUCCAGGUCAUGAUCUCAUGGUUCGUGGGAUCGAGCCCCACGUCGAGCUCUGCACUGACAUCAUGGAGCCUACUUGGGAUUCUCUCUCUCUCUCGGCCCUUCCCCCACUCCCUCUCUCUCAAAAUAAAUAAAUAAACUUAAAAAAAAAUAAAAAUAGCAUUAUCAUGUACCUGUUAUGCCCAAUUAACAUUGUUGAAUUUUGCUGUUUUGAACUUUAUAAAAAGUUUCAUGAUAAAUGUAAUCUUCUGAGACUUCCUUCUUCUCCCACUCAACAUUAUCAUUUAAGAUGAGGCCAGUUUUGGGGUGCCUGGGUGGCUCAGUUGGUUAAGUGGCUGACUUCGGCUCAGGUCAUGA